UUUUUUUUAAAUUUUUUUUUUUUUUUGAGUGAGUCAUGCUGUUGUUCGUUGUGAAUAAUCCAUACAAGUCCUUAAACUUCAAGCAUCCAGCAAUGACUCACUGACUAGGUCUCCUUCAUUCCAUCUAACCCAACGCAGUGCCGAGAGAGAUUUGCGUAAUACGAGCCAGAAUUAAGGAAGAUCGUGCACAAGAAGUGAUGAGAGAAUUCUCUCACGUGACACCCUGUACAAUAUAUGUCUUUAAAAGAGUCCAAGCCGAAUCUCAGCCAUUCCCAGGUUACUGGGAUAGUUGAACGAGUUUUUGGCCUCACUCCAGCAAGCAUCAGAUUGCUGCCCAGUUAUGAUGAUCAGAACAUUGCUGUGACCACAGUAGAGGGGGGCGAGUAUGUAGUAAAGGUAAUGAACUCUGCAGACAGCCAGAAUCUCAGUGUCCUGGAAUUGCAGACCGACAUCAUGAACUUCUUACAGCAAAGAGAUCUUCCUGUUCAGAAAGUUCUUCCCACCCUCACAGGACAGCUGAUGAGCUUAGAAGAGAUUGACUGUGGCUUUGGUAUGCAGAAGUACAUGGUGCGACUAAUGACCUACCUGCCAGGCACUGUGUUAGCCAAGAUCACCUGCACACCACAGAUCCUAUAUGAAGCUGGAAAAAUGGCUGCCAUAAUAGACAAGGUUUUACUGCAGAUGGAGCAUCCAAAUCUUGGGGCUCUUCAGAGGAAAAACUUCAUAUGGAGUCUAGCCAGUGUUCCUCUAUUAAAGCAGUACCUUGCUGUGGUUGAUGGAGACCCCAUGCAGCAUGUUGUGAAGGGAGUUAUUGAACAGUACCAAAUCCAAGUGACACCCAAUCUGAGCUCUUUCCGCAAGUGUAUAAACCAUGGCGAUUUCAAUGAUCACAAUGUUCUAGUUGAGCCAGAUGACUCAUCAAACUAUAAGAUCACUGGUAUCCUGGACUUUGGGGAUAUGAGCACUGGGUACUUUGUAUUUGAGCUUGCAAUCACUAUAACCUAUAUGAUGAUUGAAAAUGCCAAUCCUUUAGAUGUUGGCAGGCCUGUGAUAGCAGGCUGGGAGAGUGUCAUUCCUCUGAAUGAGGCUGAGAAAGAUGCACUGUAUGUGCUGGUGUUGAGUCGUUUAUGCCAGUCCUUGGUCCUGGCUCGCCAUGCUGUUCUUCAGCAACCAGAGAAUGAAGAGUAUCUCAUGAUCACAGCUAAGACAGGUGUACACCUCCUCUUCUUCCUCUGGCAGAAGGGGAAAGAGGAAGUGAUGAAAAUCUGGUUCCAGAGUGCUGCAGAACAUUCUCAAAGUUGUCAAGGAGCAGAAACAAAAUAAUAUAAGCAUGAGAAAUGUAGUGCAGUGUGGCAGUAGUUCCACUAAAGGUGGUCUUUGGGGUAUUUAAACAAGGGCUGUCAAAUGAUCUGUAUUAUGUGGCGAAAGGAUUCCACAGACAGAGAGCUUAUGGCAGGGGUCAGUGUAAUCUUUUAUUUUCUUAGUCGUAGAUUAGAUAGAUUUGAAGCUGUUGCCUGAAAUUUAAGCUCUGAAAUCAACUGGGCCUUCUGAAAACUGGUAAUGAAGGCAAAAUGAGAUUGAAGUUUAGUUAUAUAAUUUUUAUAGUUAUAUAUUGCUAAGGAGGUUUUAACUUUCAGAAAAUUAAUCUUCUACAGUAAUAAUAUUGUAUUGUUGGCCCGAGUGCCGAUGGGUGUGGAGCAGGACGCACAGACUCACUUGACUUAGUGAACCAUUUAAUGACAUAAAACAUGAAUGACAAUGAUUGCACUCACACAUAGGGACAAUGGUUAACAUGAAUAUACAAACAGUUUAAACACUAACAGUGACAUAAGUAAUGACAACGAUAAUGGUAAACAACAUCGAUACUAACACUAAGCGUUCCAUGGAAAUGGAAAAUGGGGGAGCGUUCCAUGAAAAUUUUCAUAUCUGAAAAGAUACUUAUUUUGAUUAGCACUAAUAUGAAAUAAUCAAAUGCACUGUAAGGUGAUGUUGUUGUAUUUUAUUUGCCCCUACCCAACUUGGAGCCAGUGAUUGAAAUAGGUAAGGAUGAUGGUUUAAUGUGUAUAAAAUAUAAUUCAUUUAUCCAACUCCCAAUUUAUAAUUAAAAAUAUGUUGGGAACAAAGUAUAUUGCAUAGCCCAGCAUAAGUUAUGAGAAUAUGCAUAGCCAACUUUUAUACAUUUUUAAUGCUGAAACAGCCUGCUUUGCCAAAGGUUUACCAUUGAGAUAUGGCUGUCAAACCUCUUAACUUUAGUUGGUUCUUCACUCUAGUGUGUGCUUAAGCACAUUUGUGUUAUACUAUCUGAAGAGUUGAGUUUCACUUGAGUUUCACACUUGUUUUUAGCAUUCUGCAAGCCAAUUAGUUACACAUUACAACAGAAUUGCAGCAUACAAAAUACUACCUGAAUGUUGCCUCAUAGAUCGGCACAGUGAGAGAGAAACAAAGGGAGAACAAAACCAGGGGAGAGAUUUCUCCAAACUCAGUUCACCAGCUCUGCCCCAGCUCCAUUCCAUCUCUCCUCCUGUAAUCCUCUCUGACCCAGACUUCUUUCAUUCUUAUCUUUUAACAAGAAGAGGGUUUGCCACCAAUGAAAAAGUAAAUGCAACCACAAAUUGGUAUUCCUUUCCACAGGAAACAGCCUCAAGAACUGAAACCUGUUACAACAUUGAUUUUGUCCUAAAUAACAGCUGACCAUUUGUGCUGGGAUAGUGCAAAAGUGACUAUUGUGACAUGACCACCUUUAUCUCUGAGACCACAGAUGUACACAGCAGUGGGGGUAGAUGAGAACAAGACAUCAUAAAACAGAAAGAUCAUACAGCAUAUAAGUAAUGAUGCACAUUGCAUUUUCUGUAGCUCUUGAGGACCUGCCCUACUCUGUGGAGGUACUUUGAUAAUGCUUUUCUAGCCUGAGUGAUAUUCCAAUGCCCUUGUUGUAGGUAGUUUUCUUAUAUAUCCUAAAACUGCAAGAGUGUUCCAGAGAAUAUUAGGAACACAAUCCCUAUGUGUAUUUUUAAAUUCAGAUUAACACUUUACUUGUUAUGGCCAUCUUACAUUACAUCUUACAUUACACAAAAUUGAAACUUUAAUGUUUUAUCUUUCAUAUAUGUAAUGUUCCAUCUUUCUAUUGUAAAGUGUGAUAUAAAUAAGUUGUCAUAUAUAAAUAAAUAAUAGUAAUUAUUUUUG